AAUAAAGUCAGUUCCCAAGACGGUGUGUAGAGAAAAACCUGCGUUCCGCCUACUCCAGAAGACCAGAAAUGGCUUCCGUUUGCCGAUCAGUUCUCACGGCGACGGGUGCAAGGUUCGUGACCGGACGGACCAGAACACUCGUUCGCAAAACCUUAAAUCCAAUGCCUGGUUCUUCUUCCUCUAGGGGCCUCACUUCCGUUUCCAGGAUUGUUUCGUCUUUGGCUACUGUGGAGUCUCUGAUGCCACUCCAUAGCGCCGUCGCCUCAGCUCGGUUGAAGUCCAAAAUUGCCGUCGACUCGCAUUGCUGGAGCUGGCUUUCUGAAGGAUUUGCAACACCUUUGUGACAUAAAGACCGGGAAGACAAAUUUGAAUCGACAAUACAGUUCAAUGACUGGUAGCUGAGAGGACACCUUGUAAGACUUGCGAGGUUUUUCAUCUUUCCUAUUAAUCUUUGUAAGAUACCUUUAAAACAAGGAAGAACUGUCUAGACAACUGCUUUUAAGUUUUGAUCAUUGUUAAUGCAACGCGGCCACCUUUUCUGGAUAUGCUGAGAGAUUGAAUUGUU